ACCAUAAACCUAAAUCCUAAAUAGGAGACAAAAAAAACUUCAAUCCCCGCGCCUUCAUCACGUCGUCUUUUCCCGGUUUUGCAAGUUCAUUAAGCCACUCUUCAAUUCAAGCUUCAACCAGCACCAGCAAUCCGUCACCGCUCGGCGGCCAUACCUCAGGCCACUCUCAGCGUCGCAGAUUGAACGGUGGCAAUGGAACAAGACAGUGAAGAAGAGGUAAAGACGUUUAAGAGCUUGGGUAUAUGUGAGCAAUUGGUGGAGGCAUGCGAGAGUUUAGGCUGGAAAAAUCCAUCUAAGAUUCAGGCUGCGGCCAUUCCUCAUGCACUAGAAGGGAAGGAUUUAAUUGGACUCGCACAAACUGGUUCUGGGAAGACUGGAGCUUUUGCUCUUCCCAUUUUGCAAGCCCUUUUGGAGGCUCCUCAAGCAUUUUUUGCCUGUGUGCUUUCUCCUACAAGGGAGCUUGCAAUUCAGAUUGCUGAGCAGUUUGAAGCUUUAGGGUCUGGCAUUGGUAUUAAGUGUGCAGUGCUUGUCGGUGGGGUAGACAUGGUGCAGCAAGCCAUUAACUUGGCAAAACGGCCGCAUAUUGUUGUUGGGACACCUGGACGCCUUGUGGACCAUCUAACCAAUACAAAAGGUUUUUCCCUCCGCACAUUGAAAUAUUUGGUUCUUGAUGAGGCAGACAGGUUAUUGAAUGAAGACUUCGAAAAAUCAAUAGAUGAAAUUUUGAAUGAAAUCCCUCGUGAGAGGAGAACAUAUCUAUUUUCCGCCACUAUGACAAAAAAGGUUCGGAAACUUCAAAGGGCUUGCUUAAGGAAUCCUGUUAAGAUUGAAGCGGCAACCAAAUAUUCCACUGUAGACACACUGAAGCAGCAAUAUUGUUUUAUUCCUGCAAAGUAUAAGGAGUGUUAUCUUGUCUACAUCUUAACUGAGAUGUCCGGUUGCACAUCUAUGGUUUUCACUCGCACUUGUGAUGCUACUCGCCUUCUAUCAUUGGUUCUUCGAAAUCUUGGAUUAAGAGCCAUUCCAAUAAGUGGUCAGAUGACUCAGGCAAAGAGAUUAGGAGCCUUAAAUAAGUUCAAGGCUGGAGAGUGCAACGUUCUUAUCUGCACUGAUGUAGCUAGCAGGGGACUUGAUAUUCCAUCUGUGGAUAUGGUCAUAAAUUAUGACAUUCCUUCCAAUUCCAAGGACUACAUACAUAGAGUGGGAAGAACUGCUCGAGCAGGUCGUUCUGGGAUUGCGAUUUCAUUGGUUAAUCAGUACGAGUUAGAGUGGUAUAUACAGAUAGAGAAGCUCAUUGGGAAAAAGCUACCACAGUUUUCUGCUCAGGAAGAGGAAGUUUUGAUGUUGUUAGAGCGUGUGACAGAGGCAAAGAGAAUAUCUCUUAUGGUAUUUUCUUACUAGAUUAUGGUUAUUACU